AUGCCUCGCGAGAUCAUCACAAUACAGGCGGGUCAGUGUGGGAAUGCCAUAGGCUCAAGGUUUUGGCAGCAAUUAUGCCAGGAGCAUGGGAUCAGCCGUGACGGCAACCUCGAAGACUUCGCAACCGAGGGCGGUGACCGCAAAGAUGUCUUCUUCUACCAGAGCGACGACACUCGCUACAUCCCCCGAGCCAUCCUCAUCGAUCUCGAACCUCGAGUGAUCAACAGCAUCCAGACCGGACCGUACAAGAACAUCUACAAUCCGGAAAACUUCUUCAUUGGAGAAAAUGGGAUGGGUGCAGGAAACAAUUGGGCAGCCGGAUACGCCGCGGGCGAGAGGGUGCAAGAAGAGAUCUUCGACAUGAUCGAUCGAGAAGCAGAUGGCAGCGACUCACUGGAAGGAUUCAUGCUCCUACAUUCCAUCGCCGGUGGCACAGGGUCCGGUCUUGGAUCGUAUCUUCUGGAGCGGAUGAACGAUCGAUUUCCCAAAAAGAUCAUCCAGACAUACUCGGUGUUUCCGGACACAGCCAUUGGAGAUGUCGUCGUGAAUCCAUACAACAGUCUGCUCACGAUGCGCCGAUUGACGCAGAACGCCGAUUCCGUGGUAGUCCUCGACAAUGGCGCUCUAUCCAGGAUAGCAUCCGAGAGAUUGCACGUUCAAGAGCCGUCGUUCCAGCAGACGAACCAACUCGUCUCGACCGUCAUGUCGGCUUCAACAACCACACUCCGAUACCCGGGGUACAUGCACAACGAUCUGGUGGGCAUCAUUGCCUCGCUGAUCCCCACGCCGCGAUGCCAUUUCUUGAUGACGGCUUACACGCCUUUCACGGGUGACAAUGUCGACCAGGCGAAGACAGUGCGGAAAACGACCGUCCUCGAUGUGAUGCGACGUCUACUGCAGCCAAAGAACCGGAUGGUGUCUAUCACGCCUCCCAAGUCAUCAUGCUACAUCUCGAUUCUGAACAUUAUCCAAGGAGAAGCCGAUCCUACUGACGUGCAUAAAUCACUGCUGCGUAUCCGAGAGCGGCGCAUGGCAAAUUUCAUUCCGUGGGGUCCAGCUUCAAUCCAAGUUGCCCUGACAAAGAAAUCCCCGUACCUACAGAACACUCACCGUGUUUCGGGAUUGAUGCUGGCGAACCACACCAGUGUGUCGUCCCUGUUCAAGAGAAUAGUCAUGCAGUACGAAAAAAUGAGGAAGCGAAACGCUUAUCUGGAGCAGUACAAGAAGGAAGCACCGUUUGCAGAAGGCCUGGGCGAAUUUGACGAAGCCAAGGAGGUGGUGAUGGGACUUAUCGGUGAAUACGAGGCGGCUGAGAAGGACGACUAUCUCGAUCCUGAUGCUGGGGACAAGAGAGUCGAUGGUGCUUGA